GAGUGAGUGUGUGUGAGUGUGUGUGUGUGUGUGUGUGUGUCUGUGUGUCUGGGUGUGGUCUGGAUAUGUGAGCAGGGCGAGGCUGGAGGACUUAAAACAGACUGACACUGACACAGAGUCAGUUGGUGUCUGCAGCUCUCAGGUGAACUCAGGUCGGGACUCGCCCCACCACACCCUCAGACGCUGUUUUCUUCUGCUGCUGUUUUGAAGCUUUUGUGCCUGCGUGCUUCAGAUCACAGAGGAGCAGCAUGGACCUCUCAGAUGCUCUUGGCGAUUGGCCCUCAAGUGGCAACCAAUCAGGGGCUGGCGGUCCCUGGCCUGGACAACCCAACAAUCCCACCUGGCCAGGUCAGCCCCCGGCAAACCCCACCUGGCCAGGAGGUCCAGCUGGAGGUGGAGGUAUGUGGCCUGGAGGAAACCCCAACCAGCCCACCUGGCCCUCCCCCUCCACACAACCCACAGCACCCGGAGGAUGGCCCAGUCCUUCACCUGGACCUGGACCUGGACCCUCCUUCCCCACUGUCCCUCAACAGAGUCUGGCGGUGCCGUACAAACUGAAUCUGCCCAGUGGAGUUUAUGACAAACUGCUGAUCACCAUCACUGGGACCAUCAAACCCAACGCUGAGAAGAUCACAGUGGACAUGUCCACAUCAAACGACCUGGCCUUCCACUUCAACCCUCGAUUCAACGAGAGCGGGAAGAAGGUGAUUGUCAGGAACAGCUGCAUCGGAAAGAAGUGGGGCAAAGAGGAAAGAGACCUGCAGCACUUCCCCUUUGUGCAGGGACAACCGUUUGAGGUCAGAUCAAGAUCCUGUGCACCAACAGAGAGUUUAAGGUGGCCGUCAACAACUCUCACCUGGUGGAGUUCAAACACCGGUUCACUGACCUGAAAUCCAUCAACCAGAUCAGCAUUUACAAUGACCUCAACCUGUCCAAAGUCCACACUGAGACUCUGCCCUGAGACAGAUCACCAGAGCCACCACAAAUCCACUAUAGAGCACCACAGAUCUAAAGGUUGGGAGCUGGCGGUGUCAUCUGUAGAUCUCCAGAAGAUCACAAGUGAAUCCAUAAGAAAUCACCACAAUACUAACGCUGUAUCCAUCAUAGAACAACUGGAAAUCCAUUAGAGAUCUGGGGAUCCAUUGGAGAUCUACAGAAGACCCACCAAAGAUCUACUGGACAUCAAUCUGCGAUCUAGUGAUCUGUUGGAGAUCUAUCACAGUUCUGCAGGGGAUCAAACUGAGAUCUACUAGAAAUUCAUCAACAAUGUACUGAUAAGAGAUCUGCUAGGGAUCAAACAGGGAUCUACUGGAGAUCAUUUGAUGUCAGUUAAUCCACAGCAGAUCCCGUGUAGAUCCACAGUUCAUCAUUAUAUCUAAAAUAGAUUUACAGAACAAUGUUGAUGAAUCUACAACAGAUUCCCCCAUAGAUCUACAGAAGAUGUUCCUCAGAUCCUGUGGAUUUACAGAUGAUCAUCAUAGGUCCAAAGACAAUGAUUAAUAAAUGAUUGCAAGGGAUCAUCAGGGGAUCAUCAGUAGAUCCACAGUAGAUCCUCAGUUAAUACAAAAUAUAUCUUGAACUGAGUUGUAAACGAUCCUUGGUAAGGUUAAAAAAGGUUCUCAGUGGAUCCUCUGUGGAUCCAUCCUAAGUGGAUCCUCUUGUACUCGUUUUCUUCUGUUUGAGGUGACUCAUAAAUAAAGGCUUCAUCUUUAA